AUGUUGAUUCUAGUUUGUGAAUUAGAUGAAACAACAAAAGCAUAUAUGAAGAAAGCACGUUGUGGUAACCCGGAUAUUGGAACGUACGAUAGUAUUCGUCAGCCGGUUGCUGUUGAUGCACCAGCUGAAAUGCGUACAGGUGUAAAAGCUCGAUCAGGCUUGAGUAUACCAUCAAAAUAUGUUACUGGUACUGGUAUUUGGCCAAAAAAACAUUUAAAAUGGUUUAUUGAAGGAUACCCACAAAAACAGAAAAAAAUUAGUACCGAAGAACUACACAAAAUAUUUCAACAAUCAUUUAACGAUUGGGAACAACAUACAUCGUUAAAGUUUGAAAUGGUUAAUAAUGCGAACGAUGCAAAUCUUAAAAUUAAAUUUGAAUCAGUUGAACAUGGCGAUGGUUAUCCAUUCGAUGGACAAGGACAAACAUUAGCACACGCGUUUUUUCCGACAAGCGGUGAUAUCCAUUUCGAUGAUGAUGAACAUUUUACAACCGAAUAUAAAAAUUUAGGCGAAGAUCAAUAUACAUUGAGACUGGUGGCUUCACACGAAAUUGGGCAUGCACUAGGUCUAGCUCAUUCUUUAGAACCGGAAUCCCUCAUGUUUCCGUUAUAUCAACAAUUUGAUGCUAAUUAUCGUUUAUCAACAGAUGAUCAAGAGGGAAUACAAACAUUAUACGGAAAAAAAGAAAAUAUUAUAAAUACUGAUGAUAAUUCAAACAAAGCUACUGAGAGACCAGGUCAUCAUCAUGAAAUGGACCCAUUAUUUCCCACUGAUAAUUGGUGUAGUGCAAGAAUCACUACAGGAUGUGAAGGUCCCGAUGGUGAAUUAUAUUUAUUUAAAGAUAAACAAGUCUGGCGUUAUCGUGCACGAACUAAACGUAGUUGGGAUCCAGAACCAAAAUUAAUUAGUGACCGUUUUCCAGGUAUAAAUACAACAAUAACAGCUUGUGUUAAAUCAGCAAAUGGUUUCACCUAUUUAUUCCGUAAUUAUCGUAUGUGGAAAUUAAAAACACACUGGAAUGCUGAUGGUCCACAUAUUGUACGAGGUAAAAAUUAUCCACAAAAUCCUCGUAUAGCGUUACUUCAUAACAAUAUCAUUUAUCUACUACGUGGUAAAUUAGCAUUUCAAUUUAACGAAAAUGAUAAUGAUCGACACUUAGAAAUAAAAUCCAUUGAUUCAAUAUUAAAAACACUGCCAACAGAACAUAUAUAUUCUGGUUUCACUUAUCAAAAAAGACAUUAUUUGUUUGGAAAAAAGAAUGUCUAUGUUUAUGAUGCAACAAGCGGCAAAUUAGUAUCGGGUUAUCCAAAACAAAUGAAGAAUGGUUGGUUCGCAUGUGAGGAAAAUAAAGAUGAAAUGAAACAAAAGAAAAAAUCAACCACAACUACUACAACAACAACAACAACAAGAAGUCAAUUUUAUAAUCGACACCAUAAUCGAAGGCCGCAUCAAUACCGUCAUCAUCAUCAUCACCACCAUCACGAUUGA